AUCCUAGACCAGUAUUAUAUAUGUUUCACUUUGCAAAGCAGCAAAGGAGAGGAGGAAAAUUGGAAAAUGGUGUUGCCCUGAACCCCUCAUUUUUAGUCGCCGCUAAACUUCAACUCAUAAACAGAGCUUACAGUUUCCGGCGAAAUCCUUGAGGAAAGUUUGUUUAAAAUAAUCUGGGAGCUUCAUUCAGCUUCGGAAUGGACACUGAUAACGAUUUCACGUUUUGCCAGGUUGGCUCGUCUGACAACCAGGAUGAUCUCGAAACAAAGAAGCUUGCUUCAGAUAUAGACGCUAUUACCAUUAAAGAUGAGGUUUCUAAUGGCACUAUGAGCGAUCAGAAUAGUGGUUCAGUGUGGAAAGGUGGAGUUCCAAGGGGUGGCUCCUCUGGGAAACAGGAAACAGUUGGAUCUUUGUCUGUCACUGUUAUUGAUGCCUCAUCUACGAACGAAUACUCACAAUUUCCCAAAAAAGCACCAUCAGGAGAUGGUGGAAAGUCAGCGAAGCCUACAGCUCGUGCCAAAGUUCCUUUUGAGAAGGGGUAUAGCCAAAUGGAUUGGCUCAAGCUUACUCGUACGCAUCCUGACCUAGCAGGUUUGCAGGGACAGUCAAAUAAGAGGCUUAUUACCAUGAAUGAAGUUAAACAACACCAAAAAGGGGAUUCCAUGUGGACUGUUCUAAAAGGCCGUGUGUACAAUUUAUCUCCAUACAUGAGAUUUCACCCUGGAGGUGUUGAUAUUCUAAAGAAGGCUGUGGGAAAAGACUGCACAUCUUUAUUCAAUAAAUACCAUGCUUGGGUGAAUGCUGAUUUUUUACUUGAGAAGUGUCUGGUUGGUACUUUAGAUGAUGGACAAGGGCAGCAAGAUUCCAGUCACUAAAAAUAUAGGUACUUCAUACAGGCAGAUUGGCCAUUAAUCAUACAAAGUGUACCAAGUUAACAUUAAAUUAUCAAACCUGUUGGUACAUAUCUAAUUUUUGUAACAUUAUUUACUUUUGCAUAUAAUUUGUGCGUCAAUCUGUCAAAUUCAGAUUUUGUUUCUACAUACAAUUGAACUUCAUUUGUACUUUCAAGUAAUUUAAAUAUGAAAUAAUUUUGUUACAGC